AGCAUACGGUCCAUUAUCCUGCUGCAAUUUCUAUUUUAUUCUGCAACUUCUUUUUGCUGAAUCUACUUUUUGUAUUGCUUGCAUUAUUAUAUUCUCUCAUAAAAAAUGUAAAAAAAAAAUACAUUAUCAGAUAAAUAAUUAAGCAUGCAUACACAAUAAAUUCAAGAACAUGGACAGGCACAAGCUUCGAGUUCUUCUAGAGUAAUUAAGACAUGGACAGACACAAGCUGAUGAUGACAACCAUGGAUAGAGCUGCCAGUCUUCAUGACAUAGUUAAAGAACUGAUGGAUUGCAUUGAGACCGUUGGAUCAUACACUGGGUACAGAAGAAUUCAGAAAAAAGAAUGCUUAAACUUGGUCAGAAGAUUGAAGCUGUUAGUACCACUGUUGGAAGAAAUUAAAGAAAGCAGUAGUAAUGGUGAUAUUGGGUUGAAUUGCUUGUUGAAUUUAAAGAAAGCACUUUUUUCUGCUAAAAAGUUGCUCAAGAAAUGCAGCUCUGGUAGCAAGAUUUAUCUGGCAUUGGAGGCUGAGGCAGUGAUGUGUAAUUUUCAUGGUGUUUAUGAGAAACUAAAUCAGGCUUUGGAUGAUAUGCUUUAUGAUGAAUUUGGGAUCUCAGUUGAAGUUAAGGAGCAAGUUGAGUUAAUGCGCACACAACUGAGAAGAGCAAAGAGGCGAACUGACACACAGGAUAUAGAAUUAGCAAUGGAUUUAAUGGUGGUUUUCUCUAAGAAAGAUGACCGAAACGUAGAUAGUGUGAUACUUGAAAGGUUGGCCAAUAAGUUAGAACUGCAUACCAUUGCAGACUUGAAAGCUGAAACUAUGGCUGUUAGAAAACUAAUAAAUGGGAGAGACGUGCAGAAUGCUGAAAGUAUCAAGCAAAUAACAGAUCUUCUUGGAAGAUUUAAACAGAUUGCUGGAGUAGACGAAAACGUGGAGCUUGACGGUCCUAUGUCUGUAAAAACUCUUCAGAGGUGUCAAUCCUUACUAGUUCCUAAUGAAUUCCUCUGUCCAAUUACAUUGGAGAUCAUGGUGGAUCCUGUUAUUGUGGCAACAGGACAGACUUAUGAAAGAGAGAGCAUAAAGAAGUGGCUGAAUUCUAAUCAUCGAACGUGCCCAAAGACCGGACAAACUCUGGAUCACUUGUCUUUAGCACCAAAUUUCGCACUGAAGAACCUUAUACUACAAUGGUGUGAGAAAAAUAGUUUUGAACUACCAAAGAAGAAUACUUGUAAUGGUUAUGAUGAUUCUUCUGCUGAACUUGUAGAUGAAAUCUGUUCUCUAAUCCAAAAUCUUUCCUCGUCUGAGCUUCAUGUACUGCGAGAGGCCAUUGGGAAAAUCCGCAUGCUCUCUAAAGAGAAUCCAGACAACAGAAUAUUGAUUGCAAACAAUGGAGCAAUCCCACUAUUGGUUCGGCUUUUGUCUUAUCAUGAUUCAGUGGUUCAAGAGCAAACUGUGACAGCUCUUCUGAAUCUGUCAAUUGAUGAAGCAAACAAAAGAUUAAUAGCUAGAGAAGGAGGCAUUCCUCCUAUAAUAGAAAUUUUGCAAACUGGGACGGUAGAGGCUAGAGAAAACUCUGCGGCAGCUUUGUUUAGCUUAUCAAUGCUUGAUGAGAACAAAGCUCUAGUGGGGAUUCUGAAGGGAAUCCCUCCGUUGGUGAAACUAUUUCAAAACGGGACGAUAAGAGGUAAGAAGGAUGCUGCAACAGCACUCUUUAACUUAUCUUUGAACCAAAGCAACAAGAUCAGGGCCAUUAAAGCCGGAAUUAUACCACCGUUGCUUCAGUUGCUCGAGGAUCAAAAUGUAGCCAUGAUCGAUGAAGCUCUAUCAAUCCUUCUACUCCUUGCAUCAAAUCCUGCAGGAAGGACUGAAAUCGGAAGACUAUCUUUCAUAAAAACACUAGUAGAGAUCAUUAGAAACGGGACUCCUAAGAACAAGGAAUGCGCCACAUCGGUUCUUCUUGAGUUGGGGCUGAACAACUCAUCUUUCAUUCUAGCUGCUCUGCAAUAUGGUGUAUAUGAACCUCUGACAGAAAUUGCAAGAAGCGGAACCAAUAGAGCUCAAAGGAAGGCCAAUUCUCUUUUGCAGCACAUGAGUAAGUGUGAACACAUUCCCUAAAACUUUUACAAUGUUGAUAAUAGUAUAUAUAUUCUGAGAGUGUAUUGUAUUUAGAACAGUUCUGAUAUGCCAUUUCAUCAAAGUCUAUAAAGGCUUUUCUUCACACCAAAACAUGGAAUAUAUCAAAUCAAUAGACAAGAAUAUUAAUUAUCA